GCGGCCCGGGGAGGAGGAGGAGGAGGAGGAGGAAGGUCCCGGAGCUCCGGGGGAACGGGAGACAUGAGCGGCCCGCGGCUGAAGGCGGCGCCGCUGCUCGCCGCGCUGUUCCGGGGAGAGGAGGAGGUGGUGGAGCGGCGCGAGGCGGCCGGAGCGGCGGAGCUCAUCACCGACCGCCUGUACUUCGCCACGCUGCGCAGCCGGCCCCGCAGCACGGCCAACACGCACUACUUCAGCACCGACGACGAGCUGCUGUACGACAGCUUCUACUCAGACUUCGGUCCCCUCAACCUGGCCCUGCUGUUCCGCUACUGCUGCAAGCUCAACAAGAAGCUCAAGUCCUUCACUCUGACCAGGAAGCGCAUCGUGCACUACACCAGCUUCGACCAGAGGAGGCGCUCCAACGCCGCCGUGCUCAUCGGAGGCUACGCCGUGAUCUACCUGAAGAAGUCUCCGGAAGAAGCCUUCAGGGCGCUGACCUCCGGGACAAACUCCGCCUACCUGCCCUUCAGGGACGCCUCGUUUGGGAAUUCAACCUUCAACCUCACCGUGCUGCACUGCCUGCAGGGCAUCCGCAAGGCUCUGCAGCACGGCUUCUUCGACUUCGAGAACUUUGACGUGAACGAGUACGAGCACUACGAGCGGGUGGAGAACGGGGACCUGAACUGGAUCGUCCCGGGGAAGCUGCUGGCCUUCAGCGGACCGCACGCCUCCACCAGGCUGGACAACGGCUACCCGCUGCACGCCCCGGAGUUCUACUUCCCGUACUUCCGGCAGCGCGGCGUCGCCACGGUGAUCCGCCUCAACCGGAAGCUGUACGACGGCCGGCGCUUCGCCGACGCCGGCUUCCGCCACCACGAGCUCUUCUUCGCCGACGGCUCCACGCCGCCCGACGACAUCGCCGCCCGCUUCCUGAGGAUCUGCGACGCCAGCCCCGGCGCCGUGGCCGUGCACUGCAAGGCGGGCCUGGGCCGCACCGGCACCCUGAUUGGCUGCUUCCUGAUGAAGCAGUACCGCUUCACGGCCCCCGAGGCCAUCGCCUGGAUCCGCAUCUGCCGGCCGGGCUCCGUGAUUGGUCCCCAGCAGCACUUCCUGCUGCAGAAGCAGGCGGAGCUCUGGGCGCUGGGCGACGCACAGCGGAGCCAGAAGGCGGGGCUAGAGGAGAAAGGGGCGGAGCUUCAGCUCAUAGGGAGCCUGAGGGAGCUCAGCCUGAGCCCCGCCCACCUGGAGGAGCAGGAGGCGGAGCCUGAUCCAGGGUCAGGUUUCACUCAGGGGGACCGGCUGAGAGAACUGAAGAACCGGAGAACCAGAACCAGGAACAGGACCGGAACCCUCAGGCCGGAGGAGCCCCCCAUCCUGGGCCGGUUCUCCUCCCCCCCUCCUCUCAGGGCGCCCCAGCCAGGCCCCGCCCCCAAGCGGAUCGGCCGCAGCGCCUCGUCGCCCCGGAGCCCCGCCCCCCGACUGGCUGGCUCAAUGGGCGACCUGUACGGCGAGGGGGAAGGCCACGCCCACCCGGCCCAGGCCCCGCCCCCGGCCCCGGCCCGCCGCUCCGCCCCCCACGACCUCCGACCCUUCCAGGGCCCGGCGGGACGCUACCUCAGCCGCUCCAUCCCCUCACUCCAGUCGGAAUACGUCCCCUACUGACAGGAGCCAUUACCCACAAUGCCUCAGUAGCGCCAGCUGCAGACACACUGUUUCUACUUCCUCUUUUCUGUUUGUACUUCCUGUUUUCUGUUUAUAGUCCUUGUUUUCUGUUUCCACUUCGUUUUCUGUUAGUA